CACACACUGCAUGCAUCGCAGAUUGCAUUAAACAGAAUCACAUCUAACAGAAUCACACCGGACUGCAGUUUUAUUUUUAGAAAGUGAAAGCAAACAAGGAGGAACAUCUCGAGUACCUUUUGGAUUCUGAAAGAUUUCCGUGUGUUUUAGCAUUAAUAUUUGACGCUUUUAUUGUGUUGAACGUAACGGCUCAGAUUCACUUAAAUCAGAUUGCUGUGAUUGAAUGAACGAGUCUCUAGAAUGUUGUGGAUUAUUAUCGUUUUACUGAAUCUCCUCAUAGAGACUUCAGUGUCGUUGACUGUGGUGGUUCCUCCUGAUCCUAUAGUGGCUCAUGUGGGAUCCACAGUGACUCUUCCCUGCUGGAUCUCUCCUCCUGAGAACGCUGGAGCUCUGGAGAUCCGCUGGUACCGUCAGGAUCAGUUCAGCAAUCCUGUUCUCCUCUAUAAUCACGGGAAGAUCCAGGACAUCCAGGAGGAAUCAUACAGGAACCGAAGCUCUCUGGCUCUGCGGUCAGAUCAGUCUGGUGGACUGAAGGAUGGAGAUGUCUCUCUACGGCUGGAGAAACUCACUUUUCAGGAUGAAGGUCCAUUUCACUGUUAUGUGAGCGGAGAACAUUCAUAUGGGAGUGAAGAGGUGGUUCUCAAAAUCAUGGCUUUAGGAUCCACUCCUGUCCUGUCUCCAGAGUCUCUAGAUGAUGGUCGUGUGAACAUCAGCUGCAGGUCCAGUGGCUGGUAUCCAGAGCCCAGUGUCUCCUGGAUGUCAGAUGAAGGAAGGGUUCUCCGUCCUGGAGGAACAUCUCACACUCGUGGAGCAGAUGAGAUGAUCUCUGUCCACAGCUGGACGGCCGUCUCUCUCUCAGACGCUCAACUGGUCUCAUGUUCAGUCUCUCUCAGAACUGGAGAAUUGAAGGAAAGUAGUAUUCACAUACAAGCCAUCUGUUCAGGUUCAUCAAGUCCAUGGAAUGCUCUUUCCAUUUCCCUCAUCGUUCUCAUUUGUGUUCUGGGCUUGAUUGGGCUGAUUCUCUACAAAUACAGAGGGAAACUAAAAGGUCAUGAGGAGGAAACUCUGGCGGAUCUGGAAAACAGAGGGGAAAAUACCAGUGAUCACGCUGGCACCUCCAUGUCAUGCAUAGUUGUGGGAGACACAAAUAUAGAAGAACUGAGGAAACAUGCAGUUGAGAUCACUAUCGACCGUGAGCGUUUACAUCCAGAUCUGAGAGUUUCUGAUAACUGUAAAAUCUUGAGGGACGGUAGUGAAUAUAAACCCACUGGAGAGGGGUUUCCAUAUGAAUUAUGUGCUUACGGAGCCCAACGAUUCACCUCUGGUCGUCACUAUUGGGAAGUAGAGCUGAAACAAGCAAAUACACCUCCCAAAAACUUCUGGAUAAUCGGUGUGGUGAAACAUGGAAACUUUACUACAAGAGACAGUUCUGCUUUAACUGCAUCAGCUGGUUUCUGGUUCUUGUGUUCAGACGGUCCUCGUGGCUUUUACACCAACACUGAUCCACCAGUUAAACUCUCUCUGACACCGAGACCUGAACGACUGGGAGUUCUGUUAGAUUAUGAUCACGGUGAGCUGUCAUUUUACAACGUCACAGAGAGAAAACAUCUCCUGACCAUCAGCAGCAGAUUCUCUGGAUCACUCGUUCCUCUCUUCAAUCCUGGAGCAGGUGAUCAGAGCUCGAUUAAAAUCCUGGAUCUUCCAAAACCUGUAGAACCAGCUGAACCCAGUCAGCCUUUACUGAGUAACACGGCAGCUGUAGAAUCAGCUGUAGAACUAGUUUACUGAGUAACAACAGCUCAGAAGCCUGACUGACUAAUGCAGUUUAAUCAGAAACAAACACCUACACAGAAACCAUUCUCUCUAAUGACCUGAUCAUAUCAUCAUUACACAUCAGAGUGGAACAAACACUAAAAAGAAAGACUAAAAGAAAACAGUGUCUUAGUUCUAGAAUGAUCAAGCAUUUCUACUGAAUUCACAUAAUUUCUAUUCAGUUUGUGAAAUGUAAAAUGACACUAAUAGAAGAUACAGUCUUGUUCAAAAUAAUAGCAGUACAA